AUGUCUGCCACUACAGCAGCCCAAACUUUGUUGUCUAUUCCUUUAGAUUACAGGUCUCAAGUAUGGUGUCGUGCAAAUUUGCCCUAUCCACCAGCACCUCAAUUACCAAUUCCUGCGGUAGUUGAUAUUCUUACAAAAGCAUCACAAGCGCUUCCUCAGAUUACGUUUUCUUGGACGCUGGUUGAUCAACCCAAUGACGGAACAUUGUUUCUAGCCUGGCAAGCUCCAACGUUACCGUGUCCUCCAGAUGGUAUGCAUUUUAUGAGUAAUGAACGUGUCUUUAAUAUAGAGGUCACUGGAAAGGUACUCGAGAUUCAUGAAGCGAAACAUGGCUUCUUUCCGUUAUCAGAACCUAAAACAGUCCAUUCUCGGUUUCGCUAUCGUCUGCUUGGGAUUGGGUUUGAUAAUUACUGGCUAGUUCACUAUAUUCGUGCAUCAGAGAAUGAUUCUGUGCCAGCGAAUGUCUCACUUGCAAAACCAUCACAAAUACGGCAAUAUCCUCUUCCCGAUAUACGAACUCCUCCUUUUCUAUUAAGGGAGCAGAGAACGCCAGCUGCAAACGUCCCAGUAGAAGCGCCGAUACGUGAAACCAGCGCGGCUGCGGCUGCAUCUCAAUUACGGGCGCGUUCCCGGACUCCAUCCAUUGCGAAUGCUGCACCCUCGGGAAACGUUCCUCCAAAUCAAGUACCUGAUGCAGCUGCGAAAACAACAGUACCACAUGGGGUUACACCGCCAAUUGCACCAGAGGAUCUUGAAAUUGAAAAGGGAGACAUCAUGGACAAAUUGACACCGCAGCAAAUAUGCACAGCGCGAUUUGUUAAAAAUACGGAAUGGAUGAGUCAGAUUCUAUUGACGUUACAAGCAGCAAAAGAUAUUGAACCACCUGCGGUGUUUGAUACAUUAAAGUCGCUUGACGAUUUCACAAGUGAAGUGAAGGAAAAGAAGACACAGCUGCUAAAGCAGGAUGAAGAAUAUCAACGUUUACAGGGAGAGCUCACGUAUACAAACACCGUUUCGGAAAAACUGAAGGAAUGCACAAAUCUGAAUAAUUGGGAAGACUAUCAAAAAGUAGUGAGCUCUUUAGAAGAGUUUGCCCAAGCGAAAAUUGUUCCAUGGGAACGGGUGCUUCGCAGGCCAUCAUCGGUAUAA